AUGUCAACUUCAGAAUCGGUACCAACAUUAGGGAAUAAUGUUGUUGAAACUAAUAGAAACGAUGAAUAUUUGUCCCAGGAAGAAGAAGUUUUCGAUGGUAAUGAUAUUGAGAAUAACGAAACAAAGGUGUAUGAAGAAUCACUAGAUUUGGAUUUGUCUAGUUGUAGUAGACAAGUUUGGUUAGUUAGAUUGCCAAUGUUUUUGGCUGAAAAAUGGAGAGAUAGAAGUAAUCUACAUGGGCAAGAAUUGGGUAAGAUCAAGAUUAAUCAAAAUGGUAGUAAGAUUAAACUGGUGUUGAAUGAGAAUGAUAAUGAUGCUAUUCCACAUGAGUAUGAUUUAGAGUUGACUAAAAAAGUUGUUGAAAAUGAAUAUAUUUUCACUGAACAAAAUUUGAAGAAGUAUCAACAGAGAGAGAGAGAGUUAGCAGCAGACCCAGAGAAACAGAGACAGGCAUAUUUGAAGAAGCAAGAACGUGAAGAAGAACUAAAGAAGAAACAACAGCAACAGAAAAGACGUAAUAAUAGAAAGAAGUUUAAUCAUCGUGUUAUGACAGAUAGAGAUGGUAGAGAUAGAUAUAUUCCAUACGUCAAGACAAUUCCUAAGAAGACAUCUAUUUCGGGUACAGUAUGUCACGAGUGUCAAGUCAUGCCAUCUAUGAAUGACCCUAACUACCACAAGAUUGUUGAACAAAGAAGGAAUAUCGUUAAGAAUAGUAACAAAGAAAGGAUCACUACGUUGGAUGAGACCGUUGGUGUUACUAUGAGCCAUACUGGUAUGUCGAUGAAGUCAGAUAAUUCUAAUUUCUUGAAAGUUGGACGUGAAAAGGCCAAGGCUAAUAUUAAAUCUAUUAGAAUGCCUAAGAAAGAGAUUUUGGAUUAUCUAUUCAAAUUGUUUGACGAAUAUGACUAUUGGUCUUUGAAAGGGUUAAAAGAACGUACUAGACAGCCAGAAGCUCAUUUGAAAGAAUGUCUAGAUAAAGUUGCGACUUUGGUUAAAAAGGGACCUUAUGCAUUUAAAUAUACGUUAAGACCAGAAUAUAAGAAACUAAAAGAAGAAGAAAGAAAGGCCACAUUGGGAGAGUUGGCGGAUGACCAAGGCAAUGCAGGUGGCAGUGCUGGUGAAAACGGACAACUGGGAGGAGAAGGACAAGACGGUAGUGGUAAUGCACAAUUACCUGGCAACGAAGCUGAUGAAGAAGAAGAGAUUGAAAUGGAAGAUAUUGUAUAG